AGGAUCUUUAAAUGUCAACGUAUGAUUCUACAUUCAGAUUAAUCUUCCUUACAGUAGACUACUUUAUACCUUACAAAUGAGCACACGGGAUAUUACAACAUGAGAAAGACAUUUUUGCUCAAAUAUUUACCCUGUAUGAUUACACUGUUUUGUUUUUGUUGAUUAACUCAUUGAUUCACAGACAGUGAGUAAAGAUCAGCCGUAUGUCUGAACACGGUCAGAUGAUACAGACUACAUAACAGGUUUACUAGUUUAAAGGUAUGGGUCCAUUGAAUAACAGCAGCCCGCUCACGACUCAUGUAUUAAACACUGGGGAUGGGCUCCCUGCUGUCCGAAUGGCCAUCAGUCUACACCGCCUGGACCCUCAGAUGACCCUCUGGAACCUCAUCACUGUUGGCACAAAUGAAGAUGGACGCUGUCCAGGAUUAAUAACCAGUGAUGCCUUCACUCCAGGAACCUACAAGAUGAGGUUUGAGACGGGCCAGUACUGGGAGAGUUUGGAACAGGGCAGUUUUUAUCCAUAUGUUGAGAUAGUCUUCACUAUUACUGAUGCUGACCAGAAGUUUCAUCUGCCACUGCUCCUCAGCAGAUAUUCAUACAGCACCUACAGAGGGAGCUAGACAACACAACACAACUCAGCAUUUACUUUCACUGAGACCUCAAAAACUCUUUUGUUUUUCACUUUCUGACCAAUCAAAAUUUGGCCUGCUGUUGUUUUCAUAAGCCAUUGUAGAAAACUAGAAUAAAUGUGUAUCCUUGUCUCUCAAAAAACUUAACAACAUGCAGAUAUCUAAAGUAAUAAAUCAAAAUUAUUUGGAUGAAUAAAAUUGAUGUGUUGUCUUUCCAGAAUGUAGCCUGCACUACAUUUGUUUACACACUGGA